UGGGGGGCUGAAUAUUCAUAACGACUAACUUAAAGUGUACGGAAAACCCCUAAACCCCUACGUCUUCUUUCCUCGAUGGGCGGAGAAAGCAUGAAAUCGGCGUAAGUUACCAUCGGAGUUUGUCUCUGGCUCCAGACGUAGUUGCUGCAGGGGUAUUGCCUCUUGAAGACAUUUUCUGUUUCAGCUUCGUAUCUUUGAGUUCCAGUUUUCCUCUCAGUAAUGGUCCUCCAACCCCAUUAGAGCUAAGGAACCUGAGCUUCCUCCAAUUCUGAGCAUCAAAUGAAAUAGAAAGAAUAAUGGUUGAGUUCCUGAGUGUUGAACUUGAAUUUAUAAUUGGCUUCAGCGGCUGCUGGCAACCAUGAUGGGAUGUCCUGCACUAUUUACAUCUGGAGGUAGCCAGAAUCUUUCACUGCCAACUUCUUUUGGCAGAAUAUUCACAUGCCGUAUUCAAAAGCGCCAUCCGGCCGAGACACAUUCACUACUCAGCCGGGAUCCCCAGUAUCAUUUAUGCCUGAACAAGAAUAAUUUUAGAAUCCAUGCCGCGGCUGGUGCAUCGGAUCCAAAUUCCUCAUCCUCGUCACAGUUACAGGAAACGGUUAUUCGGAAUCUCGCUGUAUCAUCUGUUGUUCUGUUGGUCGGUUUAUGCUUUAAUUACCAAUCGCUUUCUACCCCUGUUGCUCCCUUUGUCACCAGCCAAAAUCAAGGGGUUGUGGAGGAUGUUGAAGCUGGUGAUGAUAUGAGUGAGGCAUUUGAGAAAUGGAAAUCCAAAAUAAAUAAUCUGGUUGUCCCUUUGAGAAUAGUCGUUCCUCAUAACUCAGUGCCCCAUGUUUGGUUCAAGGAUUUGAUUAAAUCUCAAGGAAAGGGAAUGAGAUUUCGGUGUGAAUCGCGUCGAUGUUUAAAUGACAUCUUCUUCGAGCUUCAGGCCCCAGUUGAAAAGGGAACUGCUCGUCCUCAAUCUGCUCUCGCUGCAGCUGAUGUUGUAUCACUUUCUGAAUAUUUGAUUUCUCCUGCUAUAAAAGAAGGAUUGAUUGAACCAAUUGAAGGAGUGGAACAGCAAGAUUGGUUCCAUGAUUUGCCAGAAGAAUGGAAGGCAUAUGUGCGUAGGAGUAAUGAUGGAAAACUGGAUCCACAAGGGCAAGUAUGGGCAGUUCCAUACAGAUGGGGAAGCUUGGUUAUAGCAUAUAACAAAAGAAAAUUUGAAAGGCAUAAAAUGGAUCCAAUAGAGGAUUGGGCUGAUUUAUGGCGUCCGGAACUUACUGGGAAGAUUUCAAUGCUUGAUUGUCCAAGACAAGUUAUUGGUGCAGUUUUGAAGUACAUGGGAGCUUCUUACAACACACAGGACAUCACUUCUGAGGUUGCUGGGGGCAAGGAAGGGUUGCUGAAAAAUCUCUUGUUUUUUUUCAGACAGGUUCUUUUAUUCGACAGUGUAUACUACCUUAAGGCUUUUGAAAUUGGAGAUACAUGGGUGGUUGUCGGGUGGAGUUAUGAUAUUCUUCCUUUUGCCAAAAGAAUGUCCGAUGUUGCAGUAAUUGUUCCAAAGUCAGGUGCUAGUUUGUGGGCAGAUUUUUGGGCUUAUGGAGUUUCGUCCAAGCAUGGUACUCAGUUGGAGCUUUCACAACAGCAAAAAAAGCGGUCAUUAUGAUCACGCCCGCCAUCAUCCUAUGGGAAGUUUUGAAAAUGAGAAAUAAGUGUAUCUUUGAAGGUACAACAUUUUCUUUUCAUACAAUAACUCAUGAAAUUUGUACUAAUAUUUCCAUGAUCUUGAGCAUUCAUGAAUUACGAGCAACGACAAUGACUGAGUUGCAAGAGUUAGAAGGAAUUUUUCAUGUCAAAAUUAAAAGAAGAAAGGACAGGAAAAUUACUUCACUAUGCUGGAUUCCUCCGGAACCGGGCGAAAUCAUCAUCAACAAGGAUGGGUCAGCUUUGGGCAGCCCAGAUGAAUCAGGAUGGGGCUUUGUGGCAAGAGGAGUUGGAGGCAUUUUCAUUAAAGCAAUUAGCAGAUACAAAUUUCUACAAAUUUUUCUGCGGGGAUAGAAAGUAUAUUACAAGGAUUGAAAUGGGCAAAAGCGUAAGGGCAUCAGAAAGUCAGACUCCAAAUAGAUAGCAAAAUGGUGUUACAACUAGUCCAAAAAGGCACAAAAUUCCCUUGGAGACAUCACAGAUCGUUGACACAGAUCCAAGGUAUCUUACAUAGAACUGGAAAAUGCGCGAACAAUAAAAAUGGGGCUCAAUUUGCUUCAUCAUGUCCGUUUAUUAUUCAUGUUACUAUUGUUGGGUUCCCUGAUUUUUUCGACAAAAGAGGUCAGAGGUGCAGAUACCAGUGAUGGGGGAAGAUUCCGAUGAUGAUGAGUAAUCCGGCGGACGACUUAUUAAUGGAGUCGAUUCCCGACGUUUCCUGUUUUGGGGAAGGGUUGAUUCAAUUUUUUUUUUUUAAAGGUUUGUGGUUUGUUUGCAAUCCCCUUCCGAUUAAUUCCAUGAAUUUCAUCCGCAUAGGGAGGCUUUAAUUCACAAUUGAGCUUUGGUUGAGGCAUUCUUUUUCUAGCUAUAGAUGCAGAGCGAUGGGUGUUUUUGCUGUUAUUUUGUGAUGAAAAUUGCUUUGGGUUAGUUCGGCUUAAAGAUUGGAUCUUGUGUGUUUGAAUGCCUCUUCUUUUACCCCUAAUCUUAAGAAAGUUUUUGAUUGUAAAUGGGAUUUUUUUGGAGGUUCCGGUGGGUAGAGGUGGCGGCGGCGAUCAGUUGUUGUGGUGGUGUCGGCCGGAGGGUGAGAGAGGAGGAAAGAAAAGUUUUUUUUUUCCUUUUUGUUUUAAGUUUUUCUUUUCAAGGUCAACUGAAUGUGGGGCCCAUAGAAAAAUUAAUAAAAUAUAUUGUUAUUAACGGAAAGUUGAUUUCUCC